UACAAAGGUACACUCAUUGGAGCAAAAAACACUCCAACAGAACAUGCCCUCCACGCUAAAUCGUGAAAUAUCACCACCGCCUCGGUUAUCCAAGCGCCGAAAGACAUCAGAGACUGUAUCGCCCUGCAGCAAACAGGAUGACGAAACCACUCCAAUGCCCAAUGCAGAACCUACGCUCGCCGCCAUCGAAGCCGGAAGAGCGAAAAUUGAAGACCAUCUCACAUACUUCAAAGAGCACUUAUCGAAAUCUGCACGGCAGACAGAAGACAGCGUGCCGAGAAUUAGCAUUGAAGAGUGGGCGGAUUUAUAUCACAGGAACGAGCAUUCGCACGGGAAUCAUUUUGUGAUCCACCAGCACAACCACCCCAUUUCCGGUGUGCACUAUGAUCUGCGUCUCCAAUUCUCCGCAUCAAGCUCCAUCUCCUUCGCCGUCCCCAAAGGCCUCCCCGGAAACCCAAACUCCAAAAGCCUAGGCCGCAUGGCCAUCGAAACGCGCGUCCACAACCUUUGGAACCACCUUAUCGAAUCCGCCUCCCCUAAAACCGGCUCCCUCCUCAUCUGGGACACGGGAACCUACAGCGUACUGCCGCGCAAAAAGACGGCUAAUCGCCCGCCGUCCCCUCAGACUACCGACGACGGCAACGACUCUUCGGAUUCUGAACCCGACACCGCCGCCAUUCGACCAUCCAAGCGUAGCGACGCAAAACACGAAAACGAAAAACUAAUAGAAGCCUUCCAAACGCGCUACGUCCGACUCCGCCUCCAUGGCACCCGGUUACCCAAGAACUACACCGUUACCUUGCGUCUCCCAUCCGCUAAUGAUUUUGCCAAACGCCGCCCUCCCGCCCGUAGGAAGAGUCGCCAGGAAUCUCACCAAAUGCAAGCCCAGCCACCACCAUCCACCGACUCCGAGCCCGACGACAUCCAUCCCACGCGGCAAGAGAGAGAGGAGAGCGGAGACCUGGACACUGACUCCGAAGAAGACGCUCAAACGCGGCUCAACAACGCCUACCCCGGCUCCACAAACAGCAUAGGCUCCGUGCACCAGCGGCAAUGGUUCAUGUUGCUCGACCGGGCAUCGAGUGGGUUUGUGCAAGAGGGGCAGACCGGGACGUGGGCCAGUAGAGAGGGUGAGGGGUUUGAGGCUUUCUAUGUGAGGGGCAGGGAUGUGGAGAGGAGCGUGGUCACGGGACGGUUGGGAAGGGAGGUGGAGUGCGAUGAAGGGGUGGAAGGGUUUGUCGGGAGAGGCGGGUGGGCGGGGAUAGAGCGGUAA